CUGAAUUCACGGCAGCAAAGCUACCUAGGCUGUGUGUCGGAAACGAGCGCAGCUCGCUAGAACGACCAAGUAUCCGUGGCCAGCCGGUGAUUGUCAACCGCCGCCGUGGAUAUGCUCGAUACAAGACAUCGCCAUGGCCGAAAACAAAAUGCAACUCGAAGACUGGUUGGACGACCUCUGCGUCCGUUUUAUCAUCCAUCUCCCAAAGGAGGAUCUCUCGUCUGUAGCGCGCAUCUGUUUCCAAGUUGAGGAAGCGCAAUGGUUCUACGAAGACUUUAUUCGGCCUCUGGACCCAACACUGCCGUCCAUGUCACUGCGGAGCUUCUGCCUUCGGAUAUUCCAGCACUGUCCGCUGCUAGCCCCCUUCUCGGUCGAGAACCACAUGCGGGCGUUCGAAGAGUUCCUCCAGUACAAAACGCGGGUCCCAGUCAGGGGUGCUAUUCUGUUGAACGAGGCCAUGGAUUCGACCGUGCUCGUGAGGGGUUGGAAGAAGGGUGCCAGCUGGAGCUUCCCGCGGGGCAAGAUCAACAAGGACGAAGACGACUUGGAUUGCGCCAUCCGCGAGGUGUACGAGGAGACCGGCUUCGACAUCAGACAGGCGGGCCUAGUGCCCAAGGAAGACGAGAUCAAGUACAUCCAAAUGUCGAUGAGGGAGCAGCAGAUUCGUCUCUAUGUCUUCCGCAAUGUCCCGACGGACACCGUCUUUGAGCCGAAGACGCGGAAGGAGAUCAGCAAAGUCGAGUGGUACAGAUUGUCAGAGCUGCCGGCCUUUCGUAAGAAAGGCAACAACUCCCACAAUAGCGUCGCCGCCGCGUCAAACGCGAACAAGUUCUACAUGGUGGCCCCAUUCCUGGUGCCAUUGAAGAAAUGGGUCGUCCAGCAGAAGAAGAAGGACGCAGCCCGAGCGGCUGCGAAUCCAUCUCUUCUGGCUACUCACGUGGGGGUCGAGGAGCCUCUCACCGAGGACGACAUUGGAGCCCAAACGGAGCCGGUGGCGCCUCCUUCGAACGGCACACCAGCAAUCGAGACGCUAGAGGGCGCGACACGCGAACUGCAGCGUCUUCUCAAGGUACAACCACCUACACAGGGUCUGCAGAUAAAUCCGUCUACGAUCUCAAAAGCAGACAAGGGAGACGCUCUUAUGGCGCUUCUGCGGAAGGGCCCGGAGGCGCCAUCGCAUCAGGGCUCAGCGCAGCCUCAGCAGCCUGAUACUCAUAUCCCACAUACGCCGGCCGAUCUUACUUAUACAAAUCCGCCGGAGCCCAAUACCCCACACCACCACCAUCCGACUCAGCGACAGCCGAUUCCUAACUAUCAGCCGCCACCAAGUUUCCCAAUCCCGCCCAACCCAAACCAGAAUGCCCCCCGCGGAUAUUUUCAACAAACCCAACAACAUGCCCAGGUGCUGCCUCAGGUCUACGGUCGCAACCCUUUCGUGAACCCAGCGCAGCAGCAGCGGAACGAGCCCGUGCUUCUGCACCCACAACCACUGCCGCCUCAGGUUCAGCAGUCCCUGCUGACAAGAGGAAUCCUCCCGACUCCUGCCGUUCCAGACAUGAAUAGUCAAGGCGGCUCCCAAGUCCAGCAGGGCGGUGCACAUCCGCUUGCUGCCCGUACGAAUGACGCUUACGCACCUCCGAGACAGCCUGGGAAGCCGACCCAGUUGACGGGCCACGCAAUGACGUUGCUCAACGCCUUCAGAAGUGGCCCCCGUGAGGACACGGUAAACAAGCCCCUUGGAAAUACUCCUCAUGAAGAUACUGGGUUUUCACAGUCCAGUAACCAGCACCAAACUCAGCGUCAACCGGUCCCUUGGCCCAAUGUGCCCUCCGCACAAGGAUCCAACCCUGCAGCGCAAUACCUGCCGCACCACAUGGCCCCUGUUGCGCCGAUGCGGACAUCUCCACGCGCAGUGCAGCCGCCGGCGGCCCAGCAUGCGUCCAAGCCUGCCCAACCGGCAGACUCUCACCGCUCGGCGUUGUUGGAGAUGUUCAAGAAAUCGGGUCCGAGGUCGCCGUUGAGCAAUGAGUUCAAGAUGCAGUCCAGCAUGCAAUCCAGCAGAACACAGCAGGACGAUGGCUCGGCGAAGAAAGUUGAACCCGGCAGCCCUGCGUACAAGGCGACGUCUGCGGCCAACGCGGCCAUGACGGCUUCAGAAGUCAAUGGUGGACCUACGAAAAUGAAUCCAGAGCUAAAUCUGCCGUAUCGGUCUUUUCAAAUUCUCAGUCGGCCCAAGCAGACAGAGCGAGGCCAAUCCCCGGAUGCGCAGGCCCAGAUGCAGCGCUUGCAACAGCGCCUCAACCCUCAAGAACCCAGAAAUGCAGACCGGCAAGGCAUCCCGUCGCCUCGGGACCACGCCUUGUUACAGCAGCCGGAACAAGAGGUCAAAAGAUCCCCUCAGCUCAACUACGCUGCCGCGCAAGCUGCCAGUCUCCCCUACGCGCAGUACUCUCCAUCUGGAACUCAUGCUGUGCCGUCAUUCCACCACCAACAGCCAACCGGUGCGCUCCACCGACGCAAGGACUCGAACCCGGAGCAGAGGCAGAAGCUGCUGUCGCUCUUUAGCAAAGAGCCGCAGCCUUUACCAGCCGGACUUUCGGCCGAAGAGAAGGGGAAGGCGAGGGAGCCGCCGGUGUCUGAGCAGCCUCGGUCUAGCACUCCCCGGUCGCGGGUGGCGUCUCUUGCUUCCGCCGGUGGCAACGAGCCCGCCGUCGGUAGUGCCACGGCGUCACGGCGCGGUAGCCAGACACCUAUCUCGCCAGCUGACCGUAGCUUCCUCUUGUCGUACCUGGAAUCAGUUACGAGCUCCGGGCGAUAGGAAGGUUGGUAUUAGAUGCAAGGGCUUGCGAAUCUGGGGCCGGCCCGGGCCCGCUCGAGCAUCGGCCAAGGAGAGAUGGAAU